AUGAAGUUUACGCAGGUCGCACUUCCUCUUCUUUUCUCCGGUGCUGCUUUCGCCGCUCCAGCUGCCGACAAAACUUUGAAAGCGAGAUCAACUCAAAUCUGUGGUCAAUAUGAUAGUGUUGCCACGGGUGCUUAUACCGUGUACCAAGAUCUCUGGGGUAAAGAUUCAGCAACAUCCGGAUCUCAAUGUUCGACCGUUACUUCCUUGAGUGGAUCGACCAUUGUUUGGUCCACAUCGUGGAGUUGGGCGGGUGCUUCAAGCAGCGUUAAGUCGUAUGCCAAUAUUGCUUUGAAUUCGGUUGUUACGGCUGGUGUGAAAGUUUCUUCGAUCUCUGCCAUUCCUGCGGUUUGGAAAUGGGGAUACACCGGUUCAUCCAUCGUCGCUGAUGUUUCCUGGGAUAUCUUCACUGCCUCUACCGCUGGAGGAACCAACGAAUAUGAAAUCAUGAUUUGGUUAGCCGCCAUCGGAGGAGCUGGACCAAUUUCUUCCACCGGUUCCCCUAUCGCUACCGCCACCAUUGCUGGUUAUGAAUUCAAAUUGUACUCUGGACCCAACGGAGAUACUACCGUUUACUCAUUCGUUGCAUCGACUGAAGCCACCAAUUUCAAUGGUGAUCUGAUGGAUUUCUUGAACUACUUGGCUACCAAUGAAGGAUGGUCUACUAGCCAAUACAUUAACGUUUUGGAAGCCGGAACCGAACCUUUCACCGGUAGUAACGCCGUCUUCGACGUCACCGCCUACAGCGUCUCCAUCACCCAGGGAAGUGCCGUCAAAGUUGUAGCCAGCUCAUCCACCCCCGUCACAUCUAGCAAAGCAACCCCCACCACCACCUCCACCAUCAAAGCCACCAGCACCAUCAAAACCACCGUCGCAGCCAUCCCCACCACCAAAGCCAGCUCUACCAAAACCAGUGUUGCCGCUGUAGCCACCAGCACCACUGCUUCAUCCACUGGUUCUGUUCCUUUAUACGGUAACUGCACGGGAGGACUCGCUUGUGCCACGGGUACCUGUGUCGAGCAAAAUGCUUAUUACUCCCAGUGUGUGGCUGCUUAA